GGCAUCACCAACCACCAACCCGAAGUUAGCAUCAGGGACCUGGGAUGUUGCAUCAAUUGUGCUGCAACGAACAGCUGUGGGACCCUGGGUCAAGUCGGCAAAGCGCAUGAGGACGGGGGCAUGAGAUGCCCAAGUGUGCGGAAGCCGUACCAUGCAGACGACUGUCCAGGAUUGCCCAUGAUACUGGAUGUGCACAAGGCCAUGGAAGAUCCAAGCAGUGUGGGCUACUCCUUCAAGACCGAGGGCUGGGAGAAAGCCUUCGAGAAUCGCUGGAUACACUCUUUCAAUGGUUUCGUGGGUGCUGAUACACUGGAUCAGCAGUUUAUACAGAAGUACUCAAAGUUGCCUUUCAACGUGAACAAGCCUGUGGACAAGAUGAUCAAGGUCUUCAUGGGCGAGUACGGUGAUCCAAACCUGGCAAGAAAACCAGAAGAACUCAAAGUCGACUUAGAGAAGGCACGUAAGUUGGUCGAGGACAAGACGAAUGCCUUCGUUGGCUUCAACUUCUUCCAGUACCAGGUCGCCUACUGGAAGCCGUGCGAGGACAGCGCAGGUUGGGAUCGUUGGGAAGGGGAGGCUUGGGACAAUCCUAUGGGCAAACCUCUUCCACGUGGCUGCAAUGAAAGGCUCUAUGGCACCUUUUCGCUGGGAGACAUACAGGUCAGCAAGACAGGUGGCAUUAACUACGAUAACCGGAACGUGUACCCCAUCCAGUGCGUCAAGCCCAUCUUCCGAGGCAAGCCCGAGGCUAUCGCUGCUGCCUACGGUGGUUCUGCGCCCAACACGACAACUUGCGAAGCAGGUUGGGAGGCAAAGCCAAAGCAGCGACCCGUCUGA